AUGUCUGAAAAUAACAAGAAACCAAGCUCCUCCAGUUCUCCUGUAGUUGCACCAACACUGCCACCAGAAUUAAUAGAACCAAUACAACCAAUAGAACCACGAUCAUCAUCAUCUUUACAAACAAACAAAAUAAUAACUGUUGUUUCUUCUCUUCCAAGCAUGUCAAGCUGUAUUGGAUCUUUUACAGAGUUUCUUGAAGAACACAAAAAAUCAUCAAUUGAACCACAGGAUUUUGUCAAAAAUCAACAACAAUCUUUUUCUUUUUCUCCAGCUCAAAUUGAUUAUACUACCCAUAAGUACCUGGGUUGUUCCUCGAUAGAAGAUUAUGAACUUACUGAUAAAUUAGGUGAAGGGACUUUUGGCGAAGUACACAAAGGAAUUCAUAAAAAAACGAAAACAGUCGUUGCCUUAAAAAGAAUACUAAUGCAUAAUGAAAAAGAAGGGAUCCCGUUGACAGCGAUCCGUGAGAUCAAGAUUCUGCGUCAGCUGAGCCAUCAAAAUAUUGUCACUCUUUCCGAUAUGGCUAUAUCUUACAAUCAUGAAGGACAAGGAACCCCACCAAUUUAUAUGGUUUUUCCUUACAUGGACCAUGAUUUAGCUGGGCUUAUUGAAAACAGAAGUGUUAUUUUUUCUGCUCCUCAAAUAAAAUGCUAUAUGAAACAGUUAUUAGAAGGAACCUUCUACCUUCAUCAACAAAAAAUAAUGCAUCGUGACCUGAAGGCAGCGAAUUUAUUAAUUGACAACAAUGGGAUAUUAAAAAUAGCCGAUUUUGGUUUAUCAAGACCUGUGAGGAAUAAGAUAUUGACCGGUUGUGUAGUCACUCGCUGGUAUCGUGCACCUGAAUUGUUAUUAGGUGAAAGACAAUACACCACCGCAAUUGACAUGUGGGCCAUUGGCUGUGUUUUUGGAGAGAUACUUAUGAAAACACCUAUACUGAUGGGUAAUUCAGAUAUUAACCAGCUCGAACAAAUAUUUAAAUUAUGUGGUUCCCCAACAGAAGAGGAUUGGCCAAGUUUUAAAAAAUUACCAGUUGCAUCUGAUAUUGCUUUUCCAGAUUUUCCAAGAGUAGUCUUUCAUGAAUUUGAGCCUAGAUUUGGUACUUUGGCUGCAGAGCUUAUAGACAAAUUAUUAGUGUUAGAUCCGGAAAAAAGGUUAAAUGCUUAUGAGGCUUUGGAACAUGAUUAUUUUUGGACUAGUCCUCUUCCUGCUGAACCAUCAGACAUACCUAAAUAUGAAUCUAGUCAUGAAUACAACUGUCGUAAAGCAAAGGAUAGAAGAAAACAACAUAGAGCUCAUGUAAAAAAUGAUAAGGAUCGUCCUACUCGUAAUAAUAAUAAUGGUCAACCUGGUGGUAAUGAACCACGUCACAGAAUCAAUCCUUCUACAAAUAGAAAAAGAGUAGCGCCUGCUAAUGAUGAUGGUGGUCCCAAGAGGCGUUGCGAAACAAGAACAAUACAUCCAUUACCUGAAAAGCCUGGUGCAAUAGCAAAAAUUUCAGGAGGAUCUAUUCAAAAACUGAAUAAAAGAAAAUAA